GCCAUUUUCACCGUUGAAUAACCACCGCACGCCGUUUGCUGUGUGUUGUGUUUUGAGAGAGAAGAGCUACGAGAGAAAGGGAAGAAGCAAGCUCUCCUCCUGGAUUUGUUUUUCUUUUUUUUACCGGAGCGCUGUCCUUCCUUUCUCACUCUUGCUGUUUGUGAGUGGGGGAGGCCCGGGGUGGACACACACAAUGGGGCGAGGAGCCUGUGGCUGCUGGGCCGUUGUGCUGCUGCUGAGAGGGGGAGGGGGUAGAGCGAAGGAGACCGGCACACACAGCUAACUCAGCCAGCCGGCUCCAGUCAGGCCUCCACAGGCAUAAUCUUACCCCGAUCCCUUGUCCCUUUUCUGUUGUUUUUCAUUUUUUUUUUCAUUUUCAAGGAAUACCCAUCACUUAAACCUGGAUUAAUCAUGUGUGGAUUAUUGUGGAUGGAUUUUGUGAAACGGAACUAGAUUGGAACCUUAAACAGAACCGAUCUCUCUUCCUGUGUGUGUGGGAAAAGGAGAGAAAGGGAGCCAAACUUCUCCUGUUUUUUUGUUGUUUUUUUUUGCUUUGUGUUGAGGGAAGCUUCUAGAUGGAUUACAAGAUGCAUGCCAAGUCUAACGAUCUGCUGGAUUUUCAGACUCUGGAUGCUCUUUUGGAAAAAAUGGCACAUUAUUCUUCUGUCUCUGUGAAAAGAGAGGCUAGUGAGGAGUGCAAUGGAAUCAGCGGUGCUCUCUCAGUGGAGUCGUCCGCGCCGCCGUCGAGACUGAACAACUGGUGUCCCGCGGCCACCGCCGCCCCUACCCCAACCCUUACCCCUGCUCCGGCCCCUGUGCCCGCGCCCCCAGUCACCUCCACAAGAAUGGGGGACGGCCUGGAUGCAACCACAGUGCAGAUGUCUUCGUCAGGCAGCAGUAGCAGUAGCCAGGGGGGGCAGCCCCAGCCCUCCACCUACGUACCCACCGUGCCAGAGUUUAACCCACCGCCCCCGGAGUACAUCAACCCGUCGCAGCCCAAGCGGCAGACCAACCAGCUGCAGUACCUGCUCAAGGCGGUGCUGAAGACCCUGUGGAAGCACCACUUCUCCUGGCCCUUCCAGGCACCUGUCGACGCCGUCAAACUCAACCUGCCGGACUACUACAAGAUUAUUAAAGUUCCUAUGGAUAUGGGAACAAUCAAGAAGCGACUUGAGAACAGCUACUACUGGAACGCCCAAGAAUGUAUUCAAGACUUCAACACCAUGUUCACCAACUGCUACAUUUACAACAAGCCUGGAGAUGACAUAGUGUUAAUGGCUGAGCAGCUGGAGAAGAUGUUUCUGCAGAAGAUUACUGAGAUGCCCCAGGACGAGACGGAGAUUGCUGUCAUGACCGGCAAGGGUCGAGGCCGGGGCCGACGGGAAGGAGGUCUGAACUUGAAGCCAGGCCCGACUAUGGAUUCUCCGUCCACCACCCCCCAGACACGGGGCUUCUCCAGCCACUCCCCAGGCCCCCAGACCAGAGGACCACCAGUGCAGCAACAGACCCAGGAACAGGGGCCUCCAUCUCUACCUCCUCAGCCCCUCAUGCAGGCCCUGCCCUCCCGUGUGCCCCCAACGCUACCUGUCCACACCCAUGCCCACGCGCCACAGCUCGGGGCCCCCUACUCACUGGGCCCGUCGGACCUGCCACUCCAGGCCCCUCCUAAGCUCCCUAUCAUGACCACCGUGCCUCCUCCCCCCACCCAGACCACCCUGCCCCCCACGUCCAUUCAGAGCACCGCCCCCAUACUGCAGAACCCUGUGCCCAUGGCCAAACAGAGAAAGAGCCAGAAAAGGAAAGCCGACACGACCACCCCCACGGCCAACGACCAGCUGAGCGAGUCUUCUCCGGCUGAGUCCAAGUCGGGCAAGACGCUGCCGCGGCGAGAAAGCGCCAGGCCCACCAAGCUUCUCAAGAAGGAGGCUCCGGACUCCCAGCACCACCUGGGCCUCGGGAUAGGUCUCGGUCUCGGGGGACCCGUAGGACCAGGGGUAGGGGCUCAUAGCCCCAAGCAGCAGGAGCAGCUACGGUACUGCUCCAGCUUGGUCCGAGACAUGUUACAUAAGAAGCACGCUGCCUACGCCUGGCCCUUCUACAAGCCAGUCGACGUGGACAUGCUGGGGCUGCAUGACUACCACGACAUCAUCAAACACCCCAUGGACCUCGCCACCGUCAAGGUGAAGCUGGACAACCGGCAGUACAGAGACGCCCAGGAGUUUGCUGCCGACGUGCGGUUAAUGUUCUCCAACUGCUACAAGUACAACCCGCCCGACCACGAGGUGGUGGCGAUGGCACGCAAACUACAGGACGUGUUUGAGAUGCGCUUUGCCAAGAUGCCAGACGAGCCCGAGGAGACGCUGGCUUCGGCUCCUGCCCCCGCGCUGCUCCAGUCCUCUGCCCCCAUCAUCAAGUCCCAGCCGCCGCCCAUCCUAAACCCCUCCUCCUCCAUUCUAGGUCCUGCCUCCUCGGUCAAACACCCCGCUUCCUCCUCGGACAGCUCCAGUGAUUCGUCAUCGGAGUCGGAAUCGUCCACGAACGACUUGGAGGAGGAGAGAGCCCAGAGACUGGCCGAGCUACAGGAACAGCUCAAAGCUGUCCAUGAGCAGCUGGCGGCCCUCUCGCAGCCACAGGCCAGCAAACCAAAGAGGAAAGAGAAGGAGAAGAAGAAGGACAAGCACAAAAGGAAAGGAGCGGUGGAGGAGAUCCCGGAGCCGGCCAUUCAGUUCCCCAAGAAGACCAAGAACAACAACAACAACAGCAGCAGCAGCAGCAACAACAACAACAAGGAGCUCCUGCCCAAGAAGACUAAGAAACCCAGUAAGAAGGAGGGAGGUGCGGUGAAGAACAACCGCUCCUCAGCCCUGGGCCCUCAGGCAGCGCAGCAGCCCCCAGCUCUGCAGCCCGUAUCUGGCUUGGGGGAGGGCCUGGAGGAGGACCCGGCUGCAGCCGGAGCCCCCGGGGAGAAGGGUAAGCCCAUGUCGUACGAGGAGAAGAGGCAGCUGAGUCUGGACAUCAACAAGCUGCCCGGCGACAAGCUGGGACGUGUGGUCCACAUCAUCCAGUCCAGAGAGCCCUCGCUGAAGAACUCCAACCCCGACGAGAUCGAGAUCGACUUUGAGACGCUCAAGCCGUCCACGCUGAGAGAGCUGGAGAGAUACGUGUCGUCGUGCCUCCGCAAGAACAAGAAGAAGGUUCCUGUGGCAGAGAAGACCAUGGAGGCCAUGACGGCCGCCAAGACCAAGGCCAGCUCCUCCUCUGACUCGGACAGCAGCGACUCCAGCUCCUCAGACAGUGAUGAGGAGAAGGGAGUGGCUCCUAAACAGAAACAGAAAAAAGGCCACGGGACCAACGAAGGGAAGAAGCCCCAUCUCCACCAUGCCAUGUCUGGAGCUGGUCCGGUCCCCCAGGGCCACCCUCACGCCCAGGCUCCUGUCCUGCAGCCCAGCAUCCACCUGAAGCAACAGCAACAUAACCCCUCCCCCGCCACCUACAUGGCCCCUCCUCCCCCGGUAACGGUCACGGCGUUGGAGUCCUCCCAGCUGCUGGAGAACACGUUUGAUUCGCUGCCCCACUUCGGCCAGCAGCCCCUCAUGCACCUGUCCCAGCACCACCACUCCUCGUCGCCUGCCGUGCCCCCCCACCUCAACGCUCAUUCCGCAGCAGGGCCCGUGUCCCCGGAGACGCACCCAUUUCUCAACCAGCACCCCAUCCUCCCCAACCCUAACCCAGCUUUGCACAACGCCUUGCCCCAGCAGCCGUCUCGACCCAGCCACAGGGCAGCAGCUCUACCUCCCAAACCCCCCCAGCAGCAGCAACCAGCGCCCCAGCCAACCCUACAACAACAACAACAACAACAACAGCAACAGCAACAACAACAACUUCAGCCACAAGCCCCUCCACCCCAGCACCACCUCCCGCCCCACAUCCUCCACCCCACCCCCCCUCAGUCCCUGCAGCAGCGGCCCUUGUCCCCCCCCACCCUCACCCCUCAGGGCCUGCUGUCCUCCCAGCCCCCCCAGAUGCUCCUGGAGGACGAUGAGGAGGUAAUUCCACCCUUACCUCAGAUGCAUCUCUACCUGCAGCAGGGACAGAGCCAGGGACAGAGCCAGGGAAGGCCUGGCCAGCAACCACACAAUCCCCAGCAGAUUAUGCAGUCUCUCCAGGUUCGCCAACAACAGAACCAGGCUCCCCUCCUGCAGUCUGUACAGGUCCAGACCGCCUCUCUUCAGCCCCCCAGCUCUCAGUCCAGCCUCCCCAGCCCCAAUCCAAGCCCAUCCCCCCCUCGCGCCAGAUUCUACCCCCGCACCAAGUAGCCCGCCACCUGCAGCAGCAUGCCCAGAUGGGUUACCCCUCCCAGGGGCCGGUGGCACAGCAGACGGGUCACUCAGACAGGCAGGCCGCUGCAGGGCAACACAAGGGGUCAAUGCAGGCCUCCGCCAAAGCACAGCACAUC